UGCUAUUAAACACAAGUUUGACGUUUCAUAUUUGUACGUUUUAUCAGUCUUAAAGUAGCAGCGACUUCUGGUGUACCAUGCUAUAAUAGUUUUAUUUUCAUUAAACAUUUACAGAGUGUGUAAUUUGAUAUUCGUUUUAAAUACGUGACAGAUAAAGUGUGAUUUCGAGUAGUAUUUUUGUGUAUAUAAAAGAUGUUUUUGUUUUAAUGAGAAGUCUUUGUUUAGAAUGGUGUAUACGGUGACUGAUGUGUCUGGAAAUGUCGGAACGGAGGUUGUGAAAAAAGCUUCUAUUUGGAAAGAGAUAAUUUUGGCUUUUAUUGCUAGCCUGCCAUUCUUUACACAUGGAUUGGAAGCAACUGAACUCUAUGCUACAGCACAUUCAGGCCAUUUCAUUGAUUCUCCAGAACAAGUGCCAUGGAAUGCUACUGCUUUAAUAGUGGCAGCUGCAGUGACUGCGCCAAUAUAUUGUUAUGUCAUAGAUAAGCAUGGAAGGAAAGUGGGACUUUUUAUCGUCAGUCUCACACAAGGAAUAUCAUGUAUCCCGUUGUUCUUACCACCAAACGAUACAAAUACAAUUAUCCUACACACAGUAGCUGGAAUUUCCACAGGAGGACUCUUCACGGUACUUCCAAUAUACAUAUGUGAAAUUAGUUCUAUCGAAUCCAGGGGAUUUUCAUUGUCAUUGAUGUCAGCGAUGACGACACUCGGAUAUGUGAUGAAACUUGUGAUGGAUUUAGAAACGAUGAUGUAUGUGAUGACAGCGAUGGUGAUGGUGCAAUUACUAUCGAUGUUAUGGCUAAUAGAAUCGCCGUCUUACUGGGUUAAGAUAGGAAAGGUGGAGAUAGCAAUAGAUAAAAUGUGUAGACUGAAAUGUCUCGAAGAUGACAAUCCAAAUUUAAUAAAAUGUCUCGAGACUCUCAGAGAUGAAAGCGACAGAGCGAAAUCACACGGAAAACUAACACUGGUUCAUAUUUUCAGAAAUUUGAUUUGGAGAGACGCUAUAAAGAUUGGAGUGCUAGUCCACACAACUAUGAUUUUAUGCGGUAGCAUAAUGUUCUUGGACCAAGAUAAGACUUUGUUGCAGCUGAAGAUACCUUCGGACCCUGACAGAGUGCUCGUACUGGUGGCAAUGUUUGUUGGCAGUUUCUUCACUUCACUGUUGAUUUUAUACGCUGAGAGGAAAGUGAGUACCAACCUCAUUUUGAUGACCUAUUUACAAGUUAAUUGGUUAGAAUGAUAUAAUAAUAUUUAGAACUCAUGGAUCUUAAAUUAGAGA